AUGAAGGCGUUCUGCUUCACUUUAACGAUUCUCUGCGCCGUCCAGAGUAUUCUGGCGUUGCCGCGGCCAGACUUCGGCAUCAAUGGAGCAGUGUCGGGCACGGCACAGUUCAAGACCGCGGGCCUUGAAUUGGAUGCAGCCAUCACUAAGGUGGGUAGCGGUACCGUCACACUCACAUCCGGUUACCAACUGCUGAAAACUAUCGCCGACAAUCUGGAAUAUAUCGGAGAUUUAAUCGUCAUCGACGGCGGCAACUUCGCCAGAGCGCUGGACAGUCUCGCCGCCGACAACAGCGGUGGGGUUGCAAACGCGUUUGACUUUACGAUUUCUAAACUCGACGCGUUCAGUGCCGUGCUGUCCGGUAACUUCGGCGGUAAAUUGGCCGCGAUCGCAACCGACACUGGCGAUUACAUAGGCAAACAAUUCGCCGAUGCGUUCAAGGCGGCCGGAACGACGCUGACCGCACUCAAGGCCGCACUGAACACGCUCAAGACGGACGUGCAGAAUGCGAAGAACGCUGCAGGCAGCUCGUCCACCGUAUCGAACGCGAUCAUCCGUGCCAAGAUUCCAGCCAAAUCGGUCAACAAUGUGAUCACGCAGGUCCGUCAGCUGCGCGCCAACAUGCCGCUGAUCGGGUUCGUCAUCGACAGCUCGCUCGACAACCUGAAGAUGGUGGACACGUUCGUCGUUGAUAUGAAGGAAGAAAUUGUGCGCGGUGUAGCCGCGUACGCUCUGUCGAUCUCGGGCUUCAAGUUGAACCUGGAAACGGAGGGCAUCAACAUUUAUUCGAAGUUUACGACGACUUUGGGUGUCAAAAUCUUUGACCGUAUUUCUACCCUCAGUAGUAACCUGAAUGCCGUCACGAAGUACACGCAAUCACUCCUGCCGGCGAUCAGUGCUCUGAACACUGCUUUCUACAGCUCGCCAACAACUAAAAUCAACCAACUCUUGGGUGGGUUGUCUACGUACCGCAACGAAGUACCGAAUAUAAUCUCCAAUUUGGAAACACCGCUCGGUGAUGCACUGUGCAGUCCGAUCAAAGCCGUGUCGCUGGUACAGAUCGCCAAUGCAGGCUACUCGGACUUCUGCUUCAGCAAGCACUCGCCACGAGUGUUCGCCCAGGUUGCGCUCACCCUCGAUGCGUUCGACGUGUGCUUCGAAAAGGAGGUGACCCGCCUGUUGGCACUCGAGACUAUCGCCGUGAAUGUCGCCCAACAGAUUGCUUACACUGGGGAAGAUGUAUUCGACAACUUGUCGAUCUGUCUGGCCCUGCCCGACGCAAACAAGGGAGCCUGUUUCGAGCUGCUCACUCCGUACUACAAUAUCCUGGCCGGAAAGGCCGAGGCUCACCUAACGACGUUCGCCAACCUUGGCCUAGCGGAAGCCAAAGCUAGCUUCAACCGCCUCGGUUCCUGCCUGUACGUCUCGCUCUCGUUGACCACGAUCGCCGCUACCGAGAUAGCCUCGACUGCCACGUCCUGUCUGACUGCUGGUCCCCAGCCAUAA